AUGCCAUAUCUUAAAACAGCUGCAAAAAACCAGACACGAUCAUCAUUGUUGGAUAUCAAGUCACGGAAAUGUGGACUACGGCACACUGUGUUCUUUGUGAAUGGAAAUGAAUAUACAGGAGAGUGGAAAGACAACCAGAAGCAUGGUGAGCGGCUUCUUCCACCACAACUCCUUUGGUCACCUAGUUAUAACAUGUGAAGUACUUGCUAUGUAAUAGAUGACAUUUACACUUUUAAUGUGUCUUUUAGGAAAGGGAACUCAGGUUUGGAAGGAGUCUGGAAUGAUUUAUGAUGGAGAGUGGAAAUUCGGAAAACGUGAUGGAUAUGGUACCUACAGUGUGCUUCUCCCUCAAAGGAAGGAGUACUUGAGAAAGUACUGUGGGGAAUGGAAGAAUGGAAAGAAGCAUGUAUUGAAAUACUAUUAUUUAUAUACACUGUAACAUCAAUAAUGCCUGUUGUCUGAGCUUACAUUGCCUGUGUCAUAUAUCGCUAAUCAUUACCUUUCUCUCUAGGGGUAUGGGACAUACUUCUUCAGUCACUCAUCAGUUUAUGAGGGGGAGUGGAGUGAGGACGAACGGAGUGGCUGGGGAAGAAUGUUCUAUGAGAAUGGAGACAUCUAUGAGGGAGAGUGGAUGAAGGAUAAGAAUCAUGGAAAAGGCAUCAUUCAAUUUUGUAAGCAGACUUUGCUAUCAUACAUUUUCAGUUAAAAUGGAUUAGAAAUUGAGUGUGACAAUGUUUGUAGAUCUAACAUUUGACUUUUCUCCUUUCUUGAGUGAAUGGAAACUGGUAUGAAGGCACCUGGAAAAAUGGCUUGAAAAAUGGAAACGGGAAAUUCUAUCAUUCUGACAAAGGUCAACUUUAUGAAGGUUUUUGGGUGGAUGGGGUUGCAAAAUGUGGAACUCUGUCUGAUUUUGGAAGAGAUGACGCACCUGCAUCGACAAGAUACCCAAUCCCACAGGUACAACAUUUUCAUUAUGACACAGUCACAGAUCCGUUUACAAUUCAGCCCUUGUGUGACAAAUCAAAUAAACAUUUGUAAUAAAGCUCUUUCUCUUGGCGUAACUGUGAAGAAAUGAAGCUUUUCUUUGUUUUUCAAGGUUCAACUGGUCGACAUGCAAUUGGUUCUAAGGGAAGCCCAGUCAGCCUACCUUACCAGAGUUGAAGAGGGACAAGAGGAAGACCGAUAGCAAGUUUCCACUCUGCCGUACAUUUACUGCCAAAUAAUAAAAUUGGCAUAAUUUCAUUUUGUGUGUUCAUAUUUGAAUAUUUUCAGCUAAAUCACUUGUUUGUUAUUAGUGAAAAAAAAAAUCAGAGAAAUGCUUGAAAUGGACUGAAAAACAAAGAUAAGUGAAAUAACACACUGAUUUAGUUUACUGCCAAAAAGAUGGUUAAAUACAAUACCUUGCAUGACAAUAAAAGGUUUACACUAAAUUUCAUUAUCAUUGAAUAGUUUGCCAAAGCUCUUAGUGAAGCUUCUUGAAUAUUAGAUUAUGUUUAUAAGGAAAAACCUGAUGAAAAUGACACUGCUUUGUUACAUUACAAACAGAGCAAGGGUACAAAAGCUCAUCAUGUUACACGCCAGUAUAAAUGGAUCAUGCAGCUAAGUUUUAAGUUCCUGUGAUUCAAUUUCAAGUAUGUCUAUUUCAACAGAACAAAAUUUAUAGUGAUGCCUAAACCAAAACAAACGAGUUCAUUCGCAAAAGGUCAGAAAUUUUCUAUAAUUAAAAUGCUGUAACUGCUUGGUAGGGGUCAGUAGGUGUAAUUUACAGGAUGGUAUAGAAAAACCCUUCACAGUGAGUGCCAUUCAGGGAUGACUUUUUACACAAACCAGUAAUGGUUACUCUUUUUGUUUCAUUAUGAAAUCCAAGAGAUUUAACCCUGUUUUUUUAAAUAGUUAUAAUGCCAUAUCUGCCCCACAACUUCCCAUUACUUUGACUGAAAACCACUCCUGGACAUCAUCUACAUACAGUCUACAUGCACCUCCAGCACAGGCUACUAACCCAGACUGACUCGUCUCUCUAAAUAUGUGAGAACAAAACAUCCUACUAUGUAACAGUAAUCUUGAAGAAAUAUCACUGUUACUUAAGUGCACUUCAUGUGUCAAGAGUGACUGAUAAAAACGACAUGCUAACUUAGUGCUUGAAAAACAAAGGGGGCACCAAGGCUUUACAGAAUAAAGCACGAGAGCACUGGUGUAGAUUAUUAACAAGUACAAGCAGUCUCAUGUGCUCAUGAGACAAAAAAUUUCACAUUUACUAAAUAUUCCAGGUGUGAUUUGCCCAACCUGUGUCAAAAAUUAAAAAUAUAUAGCACAAAUAGAGAAUAUAUUUACAUAUUUCAGGAUGCUUUACAAAAUGAAAAGUGUUCAUUCUUGGAACAAAGCUUGUGCUACAGAUGUCAGCAUGUAUCCUUUAAUAAUACUGGAGUUUUGGCAAUCAGUCUACACAAAUGGCAGUCCUUACAUUCAUGAAGUGAACUUUACAAUAAACCAGGUAUAUAGUCAACAAAAAGAGGUUAAAUACUUUCUGUUUGCACAGCCAGGUAAUUUAUGUGUCAACAGAAAAACUAUAGUAGACAAACAGGUUAAUAAAUAGCAGGCAACAGACAGGAUUCAAGUUAUUGUUCAGAUGUUUUUUUUUUGUGAGUGCUAUAAAUUAAGUGAGAAAUCAAACAGCUGUCACAGUUAAGACUUCAAAUUUAAGUUACAUGCGUAAUGGCAAAUUUGUGAGUUCACAGUUUAUCAAACGUGUUCUAAAAAUACAACUCUUUACAUAAAAGAACAAUUUCACAACAAAAAGGUGAUACAUCUGUAAAAACAGAAGCCAAAAUGCCGCUUCUAACUUGAGAGAAAUCUCAGGAAAUCAGAGUUCCACCAUGAGUCCAACAUACUUGUUGUCUAAGGGAAAUUUGAGCUAGGAGACUGCAGGAUAGAAGAUUCGCCCCUGUUGUCCAGCUCAUUCUGUAGCCUGGUGAGAUUAGAAAGCUCCUCCAGCUCCUGAAACUGUCUGUCCGUCUUGUGGCUGACCAGUGAGCGGUAGAAAUGCACAGCAAAGACUAUGAAGACUAAACCAAAGGGAACCAUGAUGGAGGUGGACGUGAUCGCAGCAGCCACACCGGACGAAACUGUGCUGUUGCUGGACUUGUUAGGGCCCGAGCCAGCUGCAGAGCAGCCGGGCGUAGAGUCCUAUUAUUCCUGUAUGGGUUCUUCUUUCUUUAGGGCCCGAGCGUAGCUGCUAAGCAGCUGCGAGAGCCCUCUUGUUCCUGUAGUUUCCUUCUUUUGUUAUUAUUAGGGCCCGAGCCAGCUGCAGAGCAGCCGGGCGUAGAGCCCUAUUAUUCCUGAUGAGUUUUUCUUUCUUCUUUCUUUAGGGCCCGAGCGUAGCUGCUAAGCAGCUGCGAGAGCCCUCUUGUUCCUGAUGGAUUCUUCUUUAGGGCCCGAGCGUAGCUGCUAAGCAGCUGCGAGAGCCCUCUUGUUCCUGUAGUUUCCUUCUUUUGUUAUUAUUAUUAUUAGGGCCCGAGCGUAGCUGCUAAGCAGCUGCGAGAGCCCUAUUAUUCCUGAUGGAUUCUUCUUUCUUCUUCUUCUUAUUAUUAUUUUUCUGCCCCUUUGAACUGGAAAAUGGCCCACUUCCCACUGGUGAAAAGUCAUGAAAUUUGGCAAGACGACCGGGCCUGGUGAAAAAUUUGAUAUUCUGAAGUCGCCCAAAAAAUCAAAUGCAAAAUGGCUCCAUAGCGCCCCCUAAGGUGAAAAAUUCACAUGAUUGAGUGUCACGCCUGUACGCUUUGUCAAAAUGACACAAAAUUUGACACACACGUGUAUCUCAAUAAGAUCUACAAAAAAGUCAGUGCGGGCGUAUCUGUCAAAUGUACGGUUAAAGGUUUAUUUCGCAUUUUUUGCCGAUCCGCACACAUUUGAAUUUCGCUAACUCCUCCGAAGGUUUUCGUUCCACCGGCACCACAUUUGCUCAGGCCAAUCUACACCCCAUGGCCAAUAAAAGUUGUACAAAUCAUGACGCUGCACCCCACGGUUUACGUUCUAGGGGGCGCCAAAGAUAACCCAAAAAUCCACAGUCUUAAAAGUCUUAUAACUUUUUAUUUUUGUCCUCACUGGCCUCCAAGUUCUCUAGGAUGAUGCAAUGUCCAGCCAUCAACACAUUUGUGAAGGAAUUUUUACUCGCCAAAAGAGCGCCCCCCAUGGCAGGAGAAAAAUGUCCAUUUUUUCUUGUCUCCUAAGGCGAAAAUACACAUUGUUGACUGUCACGCCUUUACGCUUUGUCAAAAUGACACAAAAUUUGACACACACAUGUAUCUCAAUAAGAUCUACAAAAAAGUCAGUGCGGGCAUAUCUGUCAAAUGUACGGUUAAAGGGUUAUUUCGCAUUUUUUGCCGAUCCGCACACAUUGGAAUUUCGCUAACUCCUCCGAAGGCUUUCAUUCCAACGGCACCACAUUUGCUCAGGCCAAUCUACACCCCAUGGCCAUUAAAAGUUGUACAAAUCAUGACGCUGCACCCCACGGUUUACGUUCUAGGGGGCGCCAAAGAUAACCCAAAAAUCCACAGUCUUAAAAGUCUUAUAACUUUUUAUUUUUGUCCUCACUGGCCUCCAAGUUCUCUAGGAUGAUGCAAUGUCCAGCCAUCAACACAUUUGUGAAGGAAUUUUUACUCGCCAAAAGAGCGCCCCCCAUGGCAGGAGAAAAAAGUCCAUUUUUUCUUGUCUCCUAAGGCGAAAAUACACAUUGUUGACUGUCACGCCUUUACGCUUUGUCAAAAUGACACAAAAUUUGACACACACAUGUAUCUCAAUAAGAUCUACGAAAAAGUCAAUGCGAGCGUAUCUGUUCAAUGUACGGUUAAAGGGCUAUUUCGCAUUUUUUGCCGAUUCGCACACAUUGGAAUGUGGCUAACUCCUCCUAAAGCUUUUGUCCCAUCGGCUUCAAAUUUGCUCAGGUCAAUCUACACCCCAUGGCCAUUCAAAGUUGUACAAAUCAUGAUGCUGCACCCCACGGUUUACGUUCUAGGGGGUGCCAAAGAGGACCCAAAUAUCCACAUUUUUAAAAGUCUUAUAACUUUUUAUUUUUGUCCUCACUGGCCUCCAAGUUUUCUAGGAUGAUGCAAUGUCCAGCCAUCAACACAUUUGUGAAGGAAUUUUUUCUCCCCAAAAGAGCGCCCCCCCAUGGCAGGAGAAAAAGUCAAGUUUUUCCUGCCCAUCGCUCAAUGGCUCAAACGCAUCGCUCUCUCGGCAAAACCGAAAGGAGGAGCAACUUGCCAUUUGGAUAUAUCCUAGCUGUGUUUAUGCCCUCACUCAUGGUCCAGACUUUUUUCAAAAAGGACAUGGAGUUUGUCUGCAGCGAGCAUUUUGGUAGAAACUGCGCCUCCCAUUCAUUAUAAUGGUAAAUGACCACAGACGAGUGCGCACACCAUCUUUGGACCUUGAGUGUGACGCGAUCAAGAGGGGUAGGCGGUCGCGCUGGGGGCGGCGCGACACGGCUCGGGCCCGCCAGUGCCCCAACGGGGCCCUAGUUAUUUUUCCUCCCCUUUGAACUGGAAAAUGGCCCACUUCCCACUGGCGAAAACUCAUGAAAUUUGGCAGGACGACCGGGCCUGGUGAAAAAUUUGAUAUUCCGAAGUCGCCCAAACAAGAAAAUGCAAAAUGGCUCCAUAGCGCCCCCUAAGGUGAAAAUUCACACUGUUCACUGUCACGCCUGUACGCUUUGUCAAAAUGACACAAAAAUUGACACACACAUGUAUCUCAAUAAGAUCUACAAAAAAGUCAGUGCGGGCGUAUCUGUCAAAUGUACGGUUAAAGGGUUAUUUCGCAUUUUUUGCCGAUCCGCACACAUUGGAAUUUCGCUAACUCCUCCGAAGGCUUUCGUUCCACCGGCACCACAUUUGCUCAGGCCAAUCUACACCCCAUGGCCAUUAAAAGUUAUUCAAAUCAUGACGCUGCACCCCACGGUUUAGGUUCUAGGGGGCGCCAAAGAUAACCCUAAGAUCCACAUAUUUAAAAGUCUUAUAACUUUUUAUUUUUGCCCUCACUGGCCUCCAAGUUUUCUAGGAUGAUGCAAUGUCCAGCCAUCAACACAUUUGUGAAGGAAUUUUUACUCCCAAAGAGCGCCCCCCAUGGCAGGAGAAAAAAGUCCAUUUUUUCUUGUCCCCUAAGGUGAAAAUACACAUUGUUGAGUGUAACACCUGUACGCUUUGGCAAAAUGACACAAAAAUUGACACACACAUGUAUCUCAAUAAGAUCUACGAAAAAGUCAAUGCGCGCGUAUCUGUCAAAUGUACGGUUAAAGGGUUAUUCCGCAUUUUUUGCCGAUCCGCACACAUUGGAAUUUCGCUAACUCCUCCGAAGGCUUUCGUUCCACCGGCACCACAUUUGCUCAGGCCAAUCUACACCCCAUGGCCAUUAAAAGUUAUUCAAAUCAUGACGCUGCACCCCACGGUUUACGUUCUAGGGGGCGCCAAAGAUGACCCAAAAAUCCACAUUCUUAAAAGAAUCCACAUCCCCCCCUAUGGCAGGAGAAAAAGUCAAGUUUUUCCUGCCCAUCGCUCAAUGGCUCAAUCGCAUCGCUCUCCAGGCAACACCGUAAGGAGGAGCAACCUGGCAUUUCGAUAUAUCAUAGCUGUGUUUGUGCCCUCACUCAUAGUCCAGACUUUUUUCAAAUAGGACAUGAAGUUUGUCUGCAGCGAGUGUUUUGGUAGAAACUGCGCCUCCCAUUCAUUAUAAUGGGAAAUGACCACAGACAAGUGCGCACACCAUCUUUGGUUCUUGAGUGUGACUCGAUCGGGACGGGGAGGCGGUCGCACUGGGGGCGGCGCGACGCGGCUCGGGCCCGACAGUGCCCCACCGGGGCCCUAGUUUGUUAUUAUUAUUAUUUUUCCUCCGCUUUAAACUGGAAAAUGGCCGACUUCCCACUGGCGAAAACUCAUGAAAUUUGGCAGGACGACCGGGCCUGGUGAAAAAUUCGAUAUUCUGAAGUCGCCCAAACAAUAAAAUGCAAAAUGGCUCCAUAGCGCCCCCUAAGGCGAAAAUUCACACUAUUGACUGUCACGCCUGUACGCUUUGUCAUAUUGACACAAAAAUUGACACACACGUGUAUCUCAAUACGUUCUACGAAAAAGUCAGCGCGGGCGCAUCUGUGAAAUGUACAGUUAGAGGGUUAUUUCGCAUUUUUUGCCGAUCUGCACACAUUGGAAUUUCGCUAACUCCUCCGAAGGCAUUCGUUCCACCGGCACCACAUUUGCUCAGGCCAAUCUACACCCCAUGGCCAUUAAAAGUUGUACAAAUCAUGACGCUGCACCCCACAGUUUACGUUCUAGGGGGCGCCAAAGAUAACCCUAAAAUCCACAGUCUUAAAAGUCUUAUAACUUUUUAUUUUUGUCCUCACUGGCCUCCAAGUUCUCUAGGAUGAUGCAAUGUCCAGCCAUCAACACAUUUGUGAAGGAAUUUUUACUCCCCAAAAGAGCGCCCCCACAUGGCAGGAGAAAAAAGUCCAUUUUUUCUUGUCCCCUAAGUUGAAAAAACACAUUGUUGACUGUCACGCCUAUACGCUUUGUCAAAAUGACACAAAAUUUGACAAUCACAUGUAUCUCAAUAAGAUCUACGAAAAAGUCAAUGGGCACGUAUCUGUAAAAUGUAUGGUUAAAGGGUUAUUCCGCAUUUUUUGCCGAUCCGCACACAUUGGAAUGUCGCUAACUCCUCCGAAGGCUUUAGUUCCACCGGCACCAAAUUUGCUCAGGCCAAUCUACACCCCAUGGCCAUUAAAAGUUGUACAAAUCAUGACGCUGCACUCCACGAUUUAGGUUCUAGGGGGCGCCAAAGAUAACCCAAAAAUCCACAUUCUUAAUAGUCUUAUAACUUUUUAUUUUUGUCCUCACUGGCCUCCAAGUUUUCUAGGAUGAUGCAAUGUCCAGCCAUCAACACAUUUGUAAAGGAAUUUUUACUCCCGAAAAGAGCGCCCCCCAUAGCAGGAGAAAAAAGUCCAUUUUUUCUUGUCCCCUAAGUUGAAAAAACACAUUGUUGACUGUCACGCCUAUACGCUUUGUCAAAAUGACACAAAAUUUGACACACACGUGUAUCUCAAUAAGAUCUACGAAAGAGUCAAUGGGCACGUAUCUGUAAAAUGUACGGUUAGAGGGUUAUUUCGCAUUUUUUGCAGAUCUGCACACAUUGGAAUUUCGCUAACUCCUCCUUAGGCUUUCUUCCCACCGACACCAAAUUUGCUCAAGCCGAUCUACAUCCCAUGGCCAUUCAAAGUUGUAAAAAUCAUGACGCUGCACCCAACGGUUUACGUUCUAGGGGGCGCCAAAGAUGACCCAAAUAUCCACAUUCUUAAAAGAAUCCCCCCCCCCCCCCCCCCCCCCAAGGCAGGAGAAAAAGUCAAGUUAACCCUGCCCAUCGCUCAAUGGCUCAAUCGCAUCGCUCUCCGGGCAACACCGUAAGGAGGAGCAACUUGCCAUUUGGAUAUAUCCUAGCUGUGUUUGUGCCCUCACUCAUGGUCCAGACUUUUUUCAAAUAGGACAUGUAGUUUGUCUGCAGCCAGCGUUUUGGUAGAAACUGCGCCUCCCAUUCAUUAUAAUGGGAAAUGACCACAGACAAGUGCGCACACCAUCUUUGGACCUUGAGUGUGACGCGAUCGGGAGGGGGAGGCGUCGCGCUGGAGGCGGCGCGACGCGGCUCGGGCCCGACAGUGCCCCACCGGGGCCCUAGUUAUUAUUUUUCCUCCCCUUUGAACUGGAAAAUGGCCCACUUCCCACUGGCGAAAACUCAUGAAAUUUGGCAGGACGACUGGGCCUGGUGAAAAAUUUGAUAUUCCGAAGUCGCCCAAACAAGAAAAUGCAAAAUGGCUCCAUAGCGCCCCCUAAGGUGAAAAUUCACACUAUUGACUGUCACGCGUGUACGCUUUGUCAAAAUGACACAAAAAUUGACACACACAUGUAUCUCAAUAAGAUCUACAAAAAAGUCAGUGCGGGCGUAUCUGUCAAAUGUACGGUUAAAGGGUUAUUUCGCAUUUUUUGCCGAUCCGCACACAUUGGAAUUUCGCUAACUCCUCCGAAGGCUUUCGUUCCAACGGCACCACAUUUGCUCAGGCCAAUCUACACCCCAUGGCCAUUAAAAGUUGUACAAAUCAUGACGCUGCACCCCACGGUUUAGGUUCUAGGGGGCGCCAAAGAUAACCCUAAAAUCCACAGUCUUAAAAGUCUUAUAACUUUUUAUUUUUGUCCUCACUGGCCUCCAAGUUCUCUAGGAUGAUGCAAUGUCCAGCCAUCAACACAUUUGUGAAGGAAUUUUUACUCCCCAAAAGAGCGCCCCCACAUGGCAGGAGAAAAAAGUCCAUUUUUUCUUGUCCCCUAAGUUGAAAAAACACAUUGUUAACUGUCACGCCUAUACGCUUUGUCAAAAUGACACAAAAUUUGACACACACGUGUAUCUCAAUAAGAUCUACGAAAAAGUCAAUGCGCGCGUAUCUGUCAAAUGUACGGUUAAAGGGUUAUUCCGCAUUUUUUGCCGAUCCGCACACAUUGGAAUGUCGCUAACUCCUCCGAAGGCUUUAGUUCCACCGGCACCAAAUUUGCUCAGGCCAAUCUACACCCCAUGGCCAUUAAAAGUUGUACAAAUCAUGACGCUGCACUCCACGAUUUAGGUUCUAGGGGGCGCCAAAGAUAACCCAAAAAUCCACAUUCUUAAUAGUCUUAUAACUUUUUAUUUUUGUCCUCACUGGCCUCCAAGUUUUCUAGGAUGAUGCAAUGUCCAGCCAUCAACACAUUUGUAAAGGAAUUUUUACUCCCGAAAAGAGCGCCCCCCAUGGCAGGAGAAAAAAGUCCAUUUUUUCUUGUCCCCUAAGCUGAAAAAACACAUUGUUGACUGUCACGCCUAUACGCUUUGUCAAAAUGACACAAAAUUUGACACACACGUGUAUCUCAAUAAGAUCUACGAAAGAGUCAAUGGGCACGUAUCUGUAAAAUGUACGGUUAGAGGGUUAUUUCGCAUUUUUUGCAGAUCUGCACACAUUGGAAUUUCGCUAACUCCUCCUUAGGCUUUCUUCCCACCGACACCAAAUUUGCUCAAGCCGAUCUACAUCCCAUGGCCAUUCAAAGUUGUAAAAAUCAUGACGCUGCACCCAACGGUUUACGUUCUAGGGGGCGCCAAAGAUGACCCAAAUAUCCACAUUCUUAAAAGAAUCCACCCCCCCCCCCCCCACCCCCCCCCCUCAAGGCAGGAGAAAAAGUCAAGUUAACCCUGCCCAUCGCUCAAUGGCUCAAUCGCAUCGCUCUCCGGGCAACACCGUAAGGAGGAGCAACUUGCCAUUUGGAUAUAUCCUAGCUGUGUUUGUGCCCUCACUCAUGGUCCAGACUUUUUUCAAAUAGGACAUGUAGUUUGUCUGCAGCCAGCGUUUUGGUAGAAACUGCGCCUCCCAUUCAUUAUAAUGGGAAAUGACCACAGACAAGUGCGCACACCAUCUUUGGACCUUGAGUGUGACGCGAUCGGAGGGGGAGGCGUCGCGCUGGGGGCGGCGCGACGCGGCUCGGGCCCGACAGUGCCCCACCGGGGCCCUAGUUAUUAUUUUUCCUCCCCUUUGAACUGGAAAAUGGCCCACUUCCCACUGGCGAAAACUCAUGAAAUUUGGCAGGACGACUGGGCCUGGUGAAAAAUUUGAUAUUCCGAAGUCGCCCAAACAAGAAAAUGCAAAAUGGCUCCAUAGCGCCCCCUAAGGUGAAAAUUCACACUAUUGACUGUCACGCGUGUACGCUUUGUCAAAAUGACACAAAAAUUGACACACACAUGUAUCUCAAUAAGAUCUACAAAAAAGUCAGUGCGGGCGUAUCUGUCAAAUGUACGGUUAAAGGGUUAUUUCGCAUUUUUUGCCGAUCCGCACACAUUGGAAUUUCGCUAACUCCUCCGAAGGCUUUCGUUCCACCGGCACCACAUUUGCUCAGGCCAAUCUACACCCCAUGGCCAUUAAAAGUUAUUCAAAUCAUGACGCUGCACCCCACGGUUUAGGUUCUAGGGGGCGCCAAAGAUAACCCUAAGAUCCACAUAUUUAAAAGUCUUAUAACUUUUUAUUUUUGUCCUCACUGGCCUCCAAGUUUUCUAGGAUGAUGCAAUGUCCAGCCAUCAACAUAUUUGUGAAGGAAUUUUUACUCCCCAAAAGAGCGCCCCCCAUGGCAGGAGAAAAAAGUCCAUUUUUUCUUGUCCCCUAAGGUGAAAAUACACAUUGUUGAGUGUAACACCUGUACGCUUUGGCAAAAUGACACAAAAAUUGACACACACAUGUAUCUCAAUAAGAUCUACGAAAAAGUCAAUGUGCGCGUAUCUGUCAAAUGUACGGUUAAAGGGUUAUUCCGCAUUUUUUGCCGAUCCGCACACAUUGGAAUUUCGCUAACUCCUCCGAAGGCUUUCGUUCCACCGGCACCACAUUUGCUCAGGCCAAUCUACACCCCAUGGCCAUUAAAAGUUAUUCAAAUCAUGACGCUGCACCCCACGGUUUAGGUUCUAGGGGGAGCCAAAGAUAACCGUAAAAUCCACAUAUUUAAAAGUCUUAUAACUUUUUAUUUUUGUCCCCACUGGCCUCCAAGUUUUCUAGGAUGAUGCAAUGUCCAGCCAUCAACACAUUUGUGAAGGAAUUUUUACUCGGCAAAAGAGCGCCCCCCCAUGGCAGGAGAAAAAAGUCAAUUUUUUCUUGUCCACUAAGGUGAAAAUACACAUUGUUGAGUGCUACGCCUGUAUGUUUUGUCGUAUUGACACAAAAUUUUACAUACACGUGUAUUUCAAUAAGAUCUUCGAAAAAGUCAAUGGCCACGUAUCUGUAAAAUGUACGGUUAAAGGGUUAUUUCGCAUUUUUUGCAGAUUCGCACACAUUGGAAUUUUGCUAAUUCCUCCGAAGGCUUUCGUUCCACCGGCACCACAUUUGCUCAGGCCAAUCUACACCCCAUGGCCAUUAAAAGUUAUUCAAAUCAUGACGCUGCACCCCACGGUUUAGGUUCUAGGGGUUGCCAAAUAUAACCCUAAAAUCCACAUAUUUAAAAGUCUUAUAACUUUUUAUUUUUGUCCUCACUGGCCUCCAUGUUUUCUAGGAUGAUGCAAUGUCCAGCCAUCAACACAUUUGUGAAGGAGUUUUUUCUCUUUAAAAGAGCGCCCCCCAUGGCAGGAGAAUAAAGUCAAGUUUUUCCUGUUCAUCAUUCAAUGGCUCAAACGCACUGCUCUCUCGGCAAAAGCGAAAGGAGGAGCAACUUGCCAUUUGGAUAUAUCUUAGCUGUGUUUGUGCCCUCACUCAUGGUCCAGACUAUUUUCAAAUAGGACAUGGAGUUUUUCUGCAGCGAGCGUUUUGGUAGAAACUGCGCCUCCCGUUCAUUAUAAUGGUAAAUGACCACAAACAAGUGCGCACACCAUCUUUGGACCUUGAGUGUGACGCGAUCGGGUGGGGGAGGCGGUCGCGCUGGGGGCGGCGUGACACGGCUCGGGCCCGCCAGUGCCCCAACGGGGCCCUAGUCUUUCUUUCUUUCUUCUUAUUUUUCCUCCCCUUUGAAGGGGAAAAUGGCCCACUUCCCACUGGCGAAAACUCAUGAAAUUUGGCAGGACGACCGGGCCUGGUGAAAAAUUCGAUAUUCUGAAGUCGCCGAAAAAAUAAUAUGCAAAAUGGCUCCAUAGCGCCCCCUAAGGUGAAAAUUCACACUAUCGAGUGUCACGCCUGUACGCUUUGUCAUAUUGACACAAAAAUUGACACACACAUGUAUCUCAAUAAGAUCUACAAAAAAGUCAGGGCGGGCGUAUCUGUCAAAUGUACGGUUAAAGGGCUAUUUCGCAUUUUUUGCCGAUCCGCACACAUUGGAAUUUCGCUAACUCCUCCUAAGGCUUUCGUUCCACCGGCACCAAAUUUGCUCAGGCCAAUCUACACCCCAUGGCCAUUAAAAGUUGUACAAAUCAUGACGCUGCACUCCACGAUUUAGGUUCUAGGGGGCGCCAAAGAUAACCCAAAAAUCCACAUUCUUAAUAGUCUUAUAACUUUUUAUUUUUGUCCUCACUGGCCUCCAAGUUUUCUAGGAUGAUGCAAUGUCCAGCCAUCAACACAUUUGUAAAGGAAUUUUUACUCCCGAAAAGAGCGCCCCCCCAUGGCAGGAGAAAAAGUCCAUUUUUUCUUGUCCCCUAAGUUGAAAAAACACAUUGUUGACUGUCACGCCUAUACGCUUUGUCAAAAUGACACAAAAUUUUUGACACACACGUGUAUCUCAAUAAGAUCUACGAAAGAGUCAAUGGGCACGUAUCUGUAAAAUGUACGGUUAGAGGGUUAUUUCGCAUUUUUUGCAGAUCUGCACACAUUGGAAUUUCGCUAACUCCUCCUUAGGCUUUCUUCCCACCGACACCAAAUUUGCUCAAGCCGAUCUACAUCCCAUGGCCAUUCAAAGUUGUAAAAAUCAUGACGCUGCACCCAACGGUUUACGUUCUAGGGGGCGCCAAAGAUGACCCAAAUAUCCACAUUCUUAAAAGAAUCCACCCCCCCCCCCCCCCCCCAAGGCAGGAGAAAAAGUCAAGUUAACCCUGCCCAUCGCUCAAUGGCUCAAUCGCAUCGCUCUCCGGGCAACACCGUAAGGAGGAGCAACUUGCCAUUUGGAUAUAUCCUAGCUGUGUUUGUGCCCUCACUCAUGGUCCAGACUUUUUUCAAAUAGGACAUGUAGUUUGUCUGCAGCCAGCGUUUUGGUAGAAACUGCGCCUCCCAUUCAUUAUAAUGGGAAAUGACCACAGACAAGUGCGCACACCAUCUUUGGACCUUGAGUGUGACGCGAUCGGGAGGGGGAGGCGUCGCGCUGGGGGCGGCGCGACGCGGCUCGGGCCCGACAGUGCCCCACCGGGGCCCUAGUUAUUAUUUUUCCUCCCCUUUGAACUGGAAAAUGGCCCACUUCCCACUGGCGAAAACUCAUGAAAUUUGGCAGGACGACUGGGCCUGGUGAAAAAUUUGAUAUUCCGAAGUCGCCCAAACAAGAAAAUGCAAAAUGGCUCCAUAGCGCCCCCUAAGGUGAAAAUUCACACUAUUCACUGUCCGACGGUACGCUUUGUCAAAAUGACACAAAAAUUGACACACACAUGUAUCUCAAUAAGAUCUACAAAAAAGUCAGUGCGGGCGUAUCUGUCAAAUGUACGGUUAAAGGGUUAUUUCGCAUUUUUUGCCGAUCCGCACACAUUGGAAUUUCGCUAACUCCUCCGAAGGCUUUCGUUCCACCGGCACCACAUUUGCUCAGGCCAAUCUACACCCCAUGGCCAUUAAAAGUUAUUCAAAUCAUGACGCUGCACCCCACGGUUUAGGUUCUAGGGGGCGCCAAAGAUAACCCUAAAAUCCACAUAUUUAAAAGUCUUAUAACUUUUUAUUUUUGUCCUCACUGGCCUCCAAGUUUUCUAGGAUGAUGCAAUGUCCAGCCAUCAACAUAUUUGUGAAGGAAUUUUUACUCCCCAAAAGAGCGCCCCCCCAUGGCAGGAGAAAAAAGUCCAUUUUUUCUUGUCCCCUAAGGUGAAAAUACACAUUGUUGAGUGUAACACCUGUACGCUUUGGCAAAAUGACACAAAAAUUGACACACACAUGUAUCUCAAUAAGAUCUACGAAAAAGUCAAUGCGCGCGUAUCUGUCAAAUGUACGGUUAAAGGGUUAUUCCGCAUUUUUUGCCGAUCCGCACACAUUGGAAUUUCGCUAACUCCUCCGAAGGCUUUCGUUCCACCGGCACCACAUUUGCUCAGGCCAAUCUACACCCCAUGGCCAUUAAAAGUUAUUCAAAUCAUGACGCUGCACCCCACGGUUUAGGUUCUAGGGGGAGCCAAAGAUAACCGUAAAAUCCACAUAUUUAAAAGUCUUAUAACUUUUUAUUUUUGUCCCCACUGGCCUCCAAGUUUUCUAGGAUGAUGCAAUGUCCAGCCAUCAACACAUUUGUGAAGGAAUUUUUACUCGGCAAAAGAGCGCCCCCCAUGGCAGGAGAAAAAAGUCAAUUUUUUCUUGUCCACUAAGGUGAAAAUACACAUUGUUGAGUGCUACGCCUGUAUGUUUUGUCGUAUUGACACAAAAUUUUACAUACACGUGUAUUUCAAUAAGAUCUUCGAAAAAGUCAAUGGCCACGUAUCUGUAAAAUGUACGGUUAAAGGGUUAUUUCGCAUUUUUUGCAGAUUCGCACACAUUGGAAUUUUGCUAAUUCCUCCGAAGGCUUUCGUUCCACCGGCACCACAUUUGCUCAGGCCAAUCUACACCCCAUGGCCAUUAAAAGUUAUUCAAAUCAUGACGCUGCACCCCACGGUUUAGGUUCUAGGGGUUGCCAAAUAUAACCCUAAAAUCCACAUAUUUAAAAGUCUUAUAACUUUUUAUUUUUGUCCUCACUGGCCUCCAUGUUUUCUAGGAUGAUGCAAUGUCCAGCCAUCAACACAUUUGUGAAGGAGUUUUUUCUCUUUAAAAGAGCGCCCCCCCAUGGCAGGAGAAUAAAGUCAAGUUUUUCCUGUUCAUCAUUCAAUGGCUCAAACGCACUGCUCUCUCGGCAAAAGCGAAAGGAGGAGCAACUUGCCAUUUGGAUAUAUCUUAGCUGUGUUUGUGCCCUCACUCAUGGUCCAGACUUUUUUCAAAUAGGACAUGGAGUUUUUCUGCAGCGAGCGUUUUGGUAGAAACUGCGCCUCCCGUUCAUUAUAAUGGUAAAUGACCACAAACAAGUGCGCACACCAUCUUUGGACCUUGAGUGUGACGCGAUCGGGUGGGGGAGGCGGUCGCGCUGGGGGCGGCGUGACACGGCUCGGGCCCGCCAGUGCCCCAACGGGGCCCUAGUCUUUCUUUCUUUCUUCUUAUUUUUCCUCCCCUUUGAAGGGGAAAAUGGCCCACUUCCCACUGGCGAAAACUCAUGAAAUUUGGCAGGACGACCGGGCCUGGUGAAAAAUUCGAUAUUCUGAAGUCGCCGAAAAAAUAAUAUGCAAAAUGGCUCCAUAGCGCCCCCUAAGGUGAAAAUUCACACUAUCGAGUGUCACGCCUGUACGCUUUGUCAUAUUGACACAAAAAUUGACACACACAUGUAUCUCAAUAAGAUCUACAAAAAAGUCAGGGCGGGCGUAUCUGUCAAAUGUACGGUUAAAGGGCUAUUUCGCAUUUUUUGCCGAUCCGCACACAUUGGAAUUUCGCUAACUCCUCCGAAGGCUUUCGUUCCACCGGCACCACAUUUGCUCAGGCCAAUCUACACCCCAUGGCCAUUAAAAGUUAUUCAAAUCAUGACGCUGCACCCCACGGUUUAGGUUCUAGGGGGCGCCAAAAAUAACCCUAAAAUCCACAUAUUUAAAAGUCUUAUAACUUUUUAUUUUUGCCCUCACUGGCCUCCAAGUUUUCUAGGAUGAUGCAAUGUCCAGCCAUCAACACAUUUGUGAAGGAAUUUUUACUCCCCAAAAGAGCGCCCCCCAUGGCAGGAGAAAAAGUCAAGUUUUUCCUGCCCAUCGCUCAAUGGCUCAAACGCAUCGCUCUCUCGGCAAAACCGAAAGGAGGAGCAACUUGCCAUUUGGAUAUAUACUAGCUGUGUUUGUGCCCUCACUCAUGGUCCAGACUUUUUUCAAAAAGGACAUGGAGUUUGUCUGCAGCGAGCGUUUUGGUAGAAACUGCGCCUCCCAUUCAUUAUAAUGGUAAAUGACCACAGACAAGUGCGCGCACCAUCUUUGGACCUUGAGUGUGACGCAAUCGGGAGGGGUAGGCAGUCGCGCUGGGGGCGGCGUGACACGGCUCGGGCCCGCCAGUGCCCCACCGGGGCCCUAGUUUUCUCUUUUUUCUGCCUGUUUUAAGGGUUUUCGACCUAGGCUCCCUCUCACCCUACCUUAAAGAGGUCGUCACUAAUCUGGGAGUUAAAUUUGACCCUGAUUUUAAAUUUGACAAGCAGAUCAGCGGGGUGGUACAAAAAAGUUUUUAUCAGCUACGCCAAAUAGCGAAGGUGAAGCCCAUUUUAUCAAGACCUGACCUGGAAAAAUUAAUCCAUGCUUUUAUCACUACCCGUCUUGAUUACUGCAACUCCUUGUACGUAGGGAUUAGCCAGGCUUCCCUUGCCCGCCUGCAGCUUAUGCAGAACUCUGCUGCACGUCUCCUGACACAGACCCGCAGGCGUGAGCACAUCACCCCCAUCCUGGCGUCCUUACACUGGCUCCCUGUUCAGUACAGAAUUCAUUUUAAGCUUUUAGCAUUUGUUUUUAAGGGCCUGAACAACCUUGCUCCACCCUAUAUUUCGGAGAUGCUACAGCCUUAUUGCCCACCCCGACCCCUAAGAUCAGCUGAUCAGCUUUUACUGACCGUCCCCAGUACAAGGCUGAAGCUCAGAGGGGACAGAGCAUUUGCCGCUGCUGCCCCUAAGCUCUGGAAUGAGUUGCCCUUGAAAAUUAGACAGGCCUCCUCAUUUUCUGUUUUUAAAUCCCUUUUAAAAACGUACUUUUACUCAUUGGCUUUUAGUACAUUGUAGUGUUAAUUUGUUUUUUAUCAUCUUAGCACUUGCCGUGAGCCUCCUUAUUUAUACACUUAUUUAUUCUUUUGCAUUACUGUAUUUCUGCUUGCUUUAUCUGGUUCUUUGAUUGUUUUAUUUGUUUUUAUGUGUCACUGUACAGCACUUUGGCUACCCUUGUGGUUCUUUUAAAUGUGCUAUAGAAAUAAAGUUGAUUGAUUGAUUGAUUUUUUUUUUUUUUGGUUUUCUUUAUUUUUUUUUUGAGAUCUCUUUUUGAAGAGUUUUUUUUUUUUUUAAAGUACUUCCUUACUUCGAGGAAGUUACUUCUUCUUCCACUUCUCAGGCUUUCUUAACCCCAAGAAGUGUCUUGUUUGUUUCCAGACUGAAGAAGGUGGUUUGGUGGCAUUAGAGGUUGGUGUCUCUGCUGGUCCUGCUGUUCCAACUAGUUCUGGAGAUCCAGCAGUCACUUCGAUUUCUAAAGCUCCUGCCAGUUCUUCAGCUCCAGAAGUUUCUGCAGUUUUCUCCAACUCCAUGCAAAACUGCUCGAUGUCCAUGUCCAUGAAGUCCUGCUCCUGAAGCGUCAUCUCACUUUGCCUGAUGCCUGUCUCUCGAAGUUGAAGCUCAGUUGAGAGUUCAUUUGUUUUUUUGUUGUUUUCAUUGUUAAAGCUGGUUUCUUGGGCCACUUUAAGCUCCUUGUUGUCCAUCAUACCGGCUGUCUGGAUGUAGAGCUGUUGUUUCAGCUCCUCCAGCUCAGCCCAGUGCCUCCUCUCUGUUUCAAAAGCUGCCUGCUGCAGAACAGCAAUCUUCUCCGUCAUGGAGUCCUGUUCGGCUCUCAGGAUCUGGAUGGUCUGUUCCUGUAAGAGUCCAUCAUGGUGAGCCUGAUUUUGCAGCUCACGCUGAAGGGUCUCAACUUCCUGUUUCGCAGCAGUGAGAUCAGUUGCAUACUGGAAUUUCAGUGCUUGGUAUGAGGUUCUUGUCUUCUCCUGUUCUUCAUGGAGGACCGUGUUUCUUUCAGUCAGUUCCUGGACUUGUGUUGUGAGCCUCUCAUUUUCCACAAUAUGUGCCACCUUCAGCUCCUCGUAAUCGACAUGAAGAUCCUUCUUCUUCUUCUGCCGGCUCGUGUCCCUCACCUUAAGAGCAAUUCUGUGUUUGGAGAGGGUCUCCUCUGAGCUGUACUUUUGAAGCAUCUGCAGCUCCUUUUUGAGCUCCUUCCCUUUGUUAAUGUACACUUCCUUGAGAGCCCUUUGCCUGGUCAGCUUCUGAUGAAUCACCUCCAACUCCUGGCUGAGCAAGAGUGUUCGGUUCUUCUCUCUCUCCAGCUGUCCAGUGAGCUUCUGUUGAGUCACCUCCAACUCCUGGCUGAGCAAGAGUGUUCGGUUCUUCUCACUCUCCAGCUGUCCAGUGAGCUGAGCCACAGUCCUGCGGAGUGUCUCCAUCUCUCUGUCCCUCAAGUAGAAGGGCCUGUUAAUCCUGGGUCGGUUUGUUGGUCGCUGCAUUGUCUUUGACUGUUUGUAGUCUCAGAGUUCCGCUGCUAAAAGAUUUCGAUUGUCUCUUUCUUUAAGUGUAGCUACUCGCUGAAAGGUUCAAACGAUACCCUGGACAGCUGCUCUACUUCCAGUUAGUAACACGAGAUGAAAGCCGUGAUGAUGUCAUAAUGAUGUCAUCACGGAAUUGUUCCUUUGAUGCCAUAUUCUCUUGUUGUUUGUUUACAUCAUGUAUUUUUCAAACCUGCUGUUAACCCACAUUGAUUUGAGCUGUUUUUGUAAUCUUAGUUUAUUCCUCUGUUACAUAGCCCGCGUCGAUUUAGCUGAAGUGAGUAAUUCGCUUGGGGACGUCGUUAAGGUACAUUUACGUUGCUUUAAAUGGGUAUUAAAGGUAUUUUGCUGAUGUUACAGCACGGAAAGUGACUUUUAAGCUAAGCUGCUAAUGUAAACACAGUAUACUCCAAAUUUUCACUGCAUAUUUUUCUGUAGAAGUAGUUUUCCUUGAAGCUUUUGUAAUUGCACCAUCUUUAAAAAACUAAAUAAGUGUUGGAUACCAAAACGCAUGCUUCUUUAUGGAAGUAAAUCUGUGCCAUCUGAUUUUGAAAUUGAAUUUCUAAAGCUGAUUUUUUUUUGCAUCAAAAUCAGACUUUGAAUUUCAAAACUAUUGAAUUUCAAGCAUGCAUUUUUAUUUCUGACGCUUUUUUUCACAAUGAUGAUAUGCAUUCAGUGUAAAAAAAAAUCAGUCUCUCAAAAAAUUUGUUGAGUAAAAAUUUACCUUAAAAAAACGUGUAAAAAAAAUUCUGUGUCAAAAAAUUUAGUGUAAAACAGACUGACUCAACAUCCAGGUAACCAGGGAGAGCAAUCGAUUCCUGGCUCAAUCAUCCAUCGUCCAGCUAAUCAAUUAAAGCUAGAUUGGUCAUGUGGCACCGACCCCAGUGGAAGAUUGAGAAAUCGAUUGCUUCUCCCUGAUUACGCGGAUGUUGAGUCAGUUUGUUUUACACAAAAUUUUUUGACACUGAAAAAUUUUUUAUGUUGAAUUUUUUUUUUACACAGUUUUAUUUUAGGUCGAAUUUUUACUACACGAAUAAUUUGAGAGACUGUUUUUUUUUAAACCGAAUUUAUCAUCAUUGUGGAAAAAAAAUAAUGCGUGCUUUGAAAUUCAAAGUCUGAUUUUGAUGCAAAAAAAAAUCAUUAGAUAACCGUCAGCAUUGUGAACUCAUCCUCUUAACAUUCUUUCUCCCUUUUUAUGUUAUAGUUCAGUCAAAAGAAAAACUGGACCAGCUUUGCUGAUUUAUGAGUAUAACCAGACAUUUAUGUUUUAGGGUUUUUCAUCUCCACUCAGCCAUGCCAUAUCUUAAAACAGCUGCAAAAAACCAGACACGAUCAUCAUUGUUGGAUAUCAAGUCACGGAAAUGUGGACUACGGCACACUGUGUUCUUUGUGAAUGGAAAUGAAUAUACAGGAGAGUGGAAAGACAACCAGAAGCAUGGUGAGCGGCUUCUUCCACCACAACUCCUUUGGUCACCUAGUUAUAACAUGUGAAGUACUUGCUAUGUAAUAGAUGACAUUUACACUUUUAAUGUGUCUUUUAGGAAAGGGAACUCAGGUUUGGAAGGAGUCUGGAAUGAUUUAUGAUGGAGAGUGGAAAUUCGGAAAACGUAAUGGAUAUGGUACCUACAGUGUGCUUCUCCCUCAAAGGAAGGAGUACUUGAGAAAGUACUGUGGGGAAUGGAAGAAUGGAAAGAAGCAUGUAUUGAAAUACUAUUAUUUAUAUACACUGUAACAUCAAUAAUGCCUGUUGUCUGAGCUUACAUUGCCUGUGUCAUAUAUCGCUAAUCAUUACCUUUCUCUCUAGGGGUAUGGGACAUACUUCUUCAGUCACUCAUCAGUUUAUGAGGGGGAGUGGAGUGAGGACGAACGGAGUGGCUGGGGAAGAAUGUUCUAUGAGAAUGGAGACAUCUAUGAGGGAGAGUGGAUGAAGGAUAAGAAUCAUGGAAAAGGCAUCAUUCAAUUUUGUAAGCAGACUUUGCUAUCAUACAUUUUCAGUUAAAAUGGAUUAGAAAUUGAGUGUGACAAUGUUUGUAGAUCUAACAUUUGACUUUUCUCCUUUCUUGAGUGAAUGGAAACUGGUAUGAAGGCACCUGGAAAAAUGGCUUGAAAAAUGGAAACGGGAAAUUCUAUCAUUCUGACAAAGGUCAACUUUAUGAAGGUUUUUGGGUGGAUGGGGUUGCAAAAUGUGGAACUCUGUCUGAUUUUGGAAGAGAUGACGCACCUGCAUCGACAAGAUACCCAAUCCCACAGGUACAACAUUUUCAUUAUGACACAGUCACAGAUCCGUUUACAAUUCAGCCCUUGUGUGACAAAUCAAAUAAACAUUUGUAAUAAAGCUCUUUCUCUUGGCGUAACUGUGAAGAAAUGAAGCUUUUCUUUGUUUUUCAAGGUUCAACUGGUCGACAUGCAAUUGGUUCUAAGGGAAGCCCAGUCAGCCUACCUUACCAGAGUUGAAGAGGGACAAGAGGAAGACCGAUAG